AUGGUCAAGCUUACCGAAGUCGAAGACGAGCAUUUCACCCAGGAGAAGCCUCAGCCCACGAAGAACAAUGUUCUUCUGGCCUCGGACGACGAGGAGGAGGAUGACUACACUGACACCGAGUCCGAGAUCUCCACCGAAUCCGACCUCGAGCUUGAGGGAGAGACCUUCUUCGACCGUCUGUCCGCCUUGAAAGAUAUUAUCCCUCCCUCCACCCGUCGCACUGUCACUAGCACUGUCUCCUCCGUCUCCUCCUUCACAAAGUCCAGUAUUGCGUUCAGCGGAAAGGCGCUCUGGAUCAUCAGCACCAGUGCUUUCCUUCUCGGUGUCCCAUGGGCUCUUGCCUACGCCGAAGAGGAGCAGUACAUCCAGAUGGAGCGGGAGCAGGGCAUGAUCAAGGGAGCCAACGAGAUGCUCACCCCCGGCACCGGUCCCUCGGACGAGAAGCAGGCUCAGCCUUCCCUGUAA